GUAGGCAAUGUGAAAGUCGUGACAACCCAAUUUCAAAGUCGAAAGCAAAGAAACUUUAUUUACCAUAAAAACAAGCCUCUUCGAGAAACCUCUCUGGUCUUAAGACCGGUUGAAGGUAGAGCUUUUUUUAUUCUCCCAAGCAUUCCAGGGGUUCGAAGAAGGCUCUGCUUUGAAAUAUUUGCCCCCGCUGUAUUAUUUUUUUUUUUUUGUGGGUAAUUUUUUUCUAUGACAAAGAGAAUCAUCAGAUGGGGGGUAGCUGCGCUGCAAUUAGCGGAGCUGUUCGUGAGCUCGGUGGUUCAUUUGCUCUAUGGGUUUUACAUAUUCAGCUCAGCGGUCGCCGGUGAUCUCUCCCUGGCUCUGAACGAAUGUUUGUUUAAGCCUAAUAAGAAUGCUGGGGUCAAAGACGACUUGCCCGGCGGGGCUAGCACCAAUGCUGUGAAUCUGCCUCCGAUUGUUUUAGUCCAUGGAAUAUUUGGAUUCGGCAAAGGGAGAUUGGGAGGUUUAUCGUAUUUCGCUGGGGCAGAGAAGAAAGACGAAAGGGUUCUUGUGCCCGAUUUGGGCUCUCUAACCAGCAUUUAUGAUAGGGCUCGAGAAUUGUUCUAUUAUUUGAAAGGCGGUCGAGUCGAUUACGGAGAAGAACACAGCAACGCUUGUGGUCACUCGCAGUACGGCCGUGUUUACGAACGAGGGCAUUACCCUGAAUGGGAUGAGGAUCAUCCUAUUCACUUUGUGGGGCACUCGGCUGGAGCACAGGUUGUUCGUGUUUUGCAGCAAAUGCUGGCUGAUAAGGCAUUCAACGGGUAUGAGAACACUUCGGAGAACUGGGUAUUGAGCAUCACAUCCUUGUCAGGAGCGUUCAAUGGGACCACAAGAACCUAUUUAGAUGGGAUGCAGCCAGAAGAUGGGAGAACCCUGAAACCUAUAUGUCUGCUACAGUUGUGCCGUGUUGGAGUGAUGAUAUAUGAUUGGUUUGACAUUCCCUGGCUGAAGGGAUAUUACAAUUUUGGAUUUGAUCACUUUAACCUGUCAUGGAAGAAAAUAGGUGUUUGGGGUCUUGUUGAUUGCCUCUUGGGGAAUUCAGGUCCAUUUGCUUCAGGAGACUGGAUCCUCCCGGAUCUUACCAUUCAAGGGUCCAUGCAACUCAACUGCCAUCUACAAACCUUUCCCAAUACAUACUACUUCAGCUAUGCUACCAAGCGUACUAGGAAGAUCUUGAGUGUCACAAUUCCUUCUAGCAUACUCGGCAUCCACCCAUUGCUUUUUAUAAGAGUACUGCAGAUGAGCCAAUGGCAUCAUCCUCCAGAUGUGUCGCCCCCUUAUAAAGGCUAUAGGGAUGAGGAUUGGCAGGACAAUGAUGGAGCUCUCAACACUAUAUCCAUGACUCACCCUCGUCUUCCAAUUGAACAUCCAAGUCAAUUUGUCAAAAAUGAUUCAGACUGCCAACCGAUGCAGCCGGGCAUCUGGUACUACAAGAUUGUGGAAGGUGAUCACAUAUUGUUCAUUGUGAAUCGGGAGAGAGCUGGAGUUCAAUUUGAUCUGAUUUAUGACAGCAUUUUUGAACGCUGCAGAAAGCAUGUAUUUAGGAAGUCUCCCCCAACGUUACCAAACGAAGCACACCAAUAGCUCAUUUUAUAGGCUAAAAUCUCUCUCUCUCUCUAGGCUACAACCUAUUUUUAUCACCAUUGUACACCCUUUUGCUCUAUUUUUGGCAGGUGUAAAUGUAAAUCUUCUCCAAGCUUUACAGUUCGCUUCUUCUCCCUUUUCUUUACAAGAUAUGCCAAGAGGCGCUUUAAAGAAAA